CCGUGGUACCCUGGCCCCCCCAAAAAGGCGUCUUAUUUUUCCCCCCCCUUCUCUUUCCCACUUGGCUUCCACUGCCCAGCCAGCGCAACGCCAAACCCCGGACCAUUCUUCUUCUGGUCCCUCUCUGGCUCCCCAUUUCUUUCUUUGCCUUGGGUCCCAAAAGCUUGAGCCAAGCCCACGCCUCGACGAUUCGCACGUCCACCACGGCGAGACACUGUCGCUCCUAACGACAAUCGCUCUCUUCCUCCUCACGCCCGCUGCCCCGGCAAUCAGAGCGAAGCCGCCCGCGACGAUCGACGACGACGACGAGCCCUGUGCCGCUCGCUCUCCAAACAGCAUCACAUCACGGAUACAUACUUUCCGCGCACCCCGUCCCGACUGCCAGUCACCGGCUCUUGGCCGCCGUCACGGCAUCGGCGAGCAACACGUAGGAACCCUGGGCGGCGGCGGGCCCUGCAAAAUCUCGCCUACCGACCCCAUCCGCCGACUUCGCAGGGAGCGCAUCGUGGCCAAGCCCUCGUUAAGUUGACCGCACUGCAUUGCGGAUGCGCACACGCCAUUGUGCGAACCCCAUCGUCUGCCUGUGCGUGCCAUCACUCAAUUUCAACCAGCCGUUUUGUCGCCGUUGGGUUCGCCUUCUCCCGCGGCCAUGGCAUCCUCGCCGCCGGCCUCUCCAAUAAACCCGCCUCAGCGGCCCCUGAGUGCGAUCGCAAGACCUGCACCUAGGAGUGCCAGCAGGAUGAGUAUCAGCAGCAAGCCUGGCAAUGGCAGCCGCGCCUCCGACGACGACAGUCGGACGGCUGUCAAAGUUGCUGUCCGUGUGCGCCCGCCUCUCCAGCCCGACGACCCUGGCUAUGACCUCAUCCCCCAGCGCUUCCAGCGCUCCAUGGUCCAGACCACGUCUGACACGAGCCUCGCCAUCGAUUCUCCUCAGGGCCGCAAGCUCUUCGUCUUCGACCGCGUCUUCAGCCCCGAGGUUAUGCAAGAUGGCAUCUGGAACUACCUUUCCGACUCUGUGCAGGCCUUCACCCAAGGCUACAAUGUCUCCUUGCUCGCAUACGGCCAGUCUGGCGCCGGCAAAUCAUAUACAAUGGGAACAUCAGGCCCCAGCGAGCAGCAUGACGAAGACUUGAUGGGCGUCAUUCCUCGCGCCGCCAUGGCCCUCUUCGAGAAGCUCGAGACGCCCCGCACCGGGAGGGCUGGUUCCAACCCGAACAGGAUGUCCAACUCCAUGUCUCAACUUCGUGCCCCGCGUGGCUACGGCCAGCAAAACGUCCUCGGGGACCGCUCCUGGUCCCUCAAGGCCACUUACGUCGAGAUUUACAAUGAGCAGCUCCGCGAUCUCCUCCUCCCCGACGCCACACCCGCUCACGAGCGCAGUAACGUCGCCAUUCGUGAAGACACAAAGGGCAACAUCAUCCUCACUGGCCUCCACCAGGUCGACAUCGAAUCCGUUGACGAUUUGAUGAGCGCCCUCAAUUUUGGCUCGACCAUUCGACAGACCGAUGCCACCGCCAUCAAUGCCAAGUCGUCGCGCUCGCACGCCGUCUUCUCCUUGAACCUCGUUCAGCGCCGAAGCAAAUUUCAGACUCCCGCCGCCCAUGAGAACAAGCGCUUCUCGAUGCCCAUCGAGGCCAUGACGGGCCAAGACAUCUCCGUGACCACCGACAGCAAGCUUCACUUUGUCGAUCUCGCCGGCAGCGAAAGGCUCAAGAACACGGGCGCGCAGGGCGAGCGCGCCAAGGAAGGCAUCUCCAUCAACGCCGGCUUGGCCUCCCUCGGCAAAGUCAUCAGCCAGCUCUCGUCACGCCAAUCUGGGUCCCACGUCUCGUACCGCGAUUCCAAACUUACCCGGCUGCUGCAAGAUUCGCUUGGCGGCAAUGCCAUUACCUACAUGAUCGCCUGCGUGACACCGGCCGAGUUUCACCUCAGCGAGACAUUGAAUACGGUCCAGUACGCCCAGCGCGCGCGAGCCAUCCAGUCGAAACCGCGCAUCCAGCAGAUUGAGGAGGGCGACAAGCAGGCAAUCAUCGAGCGACUACGCGCCGAAGUCGAUUUUCUUCGAGAACAGAUCAGAAGCGCCUCCACCCGCGGAGGAAGCCCUCGUCGCGGGGCUCCCGCUGCUAAUGACAGAACCGACAGGCAGAGCGAGCGCGAAGCCGAGCUGCAAAACCAGCUGCUAGAUGUGCAGGAGAACUACAGCACACUGAGUCACAGACAUGCGAAGCUAAUUGCGGAAAUGGCCAAGGCCAGGGAAAGCGAAUCGGAGGCCAAUGGAGUGGCCGAAAGCGACAGUGCCACCGACCGUCUCAACCGCUCCAACUCGUUUGCCCAGGCCGUUGAGCAGGUGGUCCUCGAGUACGAGAAGACGAUACAGUCGCUCGAACAAUCGCUGUCAAACACCCGCGCCACGCUGUCCAGCACGGAGACGAAUCUACUCGAGAAGGAGACUAAGUGUGCCUAUGCCGAGACGAUCAACACGCAGCUGCAGUCGCGGCUGCAAAAGCUCAUGGACCGCGAAGCGAGCACCGAGAACUACCUGUACGACCUCGAGGCAAAGCUAGACGGGCACACGAGCGGCGAGGAAAAGAAUGCCACAAUCAUCGUGGAGUUGCGCAAAGAAAUCGCCCGUGUCCGUGAGAAUGAGGCCUCGUGCGAGGACUACAUCUCGACCCUCGAAGAGCGCUUGGCUGAAGCGGAUCAAGAUGCGGAGUUAAUGCAACGAGAGAUUGAUCGCCUGGAGCAAGUGGUCGAGCGGCAACGAAGUCUAGGAAAGCUCGACGCGCUACUCUAUGAGCUUGACCACGUCGACGAUGCCAAGAAGCAAGAUCACGAAGGCACCAACGGCGCUCCUCGUGCACGCGUCUCGACUAACCGGUCGCGCAGCCAGUCGCACGUCAGCCGCGCAAGUCAGCUGGACGAACCAAUUCCCGAGGACGACGAGGUCCCUGACGACGUGGAGCACGAGGGGGAGGCUUUCGAGGAGGAUGCCGGCGACGGCGCUAGCCAAAUGACGGAGAGACCAGAUAUGGGCGGUCAAGCUGCCGAUGAGGCCGCGCGCCAAACCCCUGCGCAGAACAUGUUUGUUGCCGACAAGCUAGAGAGCGUGACGCAGGAGCUCUUCGACCUGCGCGUGGAGCACGAAACGACCCUCAACGACUUUUCAACCCUCCAUGCCAAGUACGAAGAGGCCCAGCGCGCCCUUGCCGCGCUCCAGGAUGCGGUCGACGAAGCUCGCCAUCCCAGUCGUGCUCGAGACUCGGUCAUCUCAGUGGUAUCCGACGCCAAUGCUCGCCCAGACUCGUUCGCAUCAGACGCCAAAUCCGUGGACACCAAGAACGGGCCCAGGUCGUCGACGUCGCGGUCGCUCUCGUCAGAAUUGUCAUAUGCCCUGGAAUCGCCUGCGACCGCCGACACAUCGAAUGCCGACGUGACAUCGGAAGACGAAACCGCCACCACUAAGCCGGCCGUGUCGACCGAAGACCUUACAGAGGGCCACGAUGAGUUGCUGACGCAAGAGGUUGAGCGGCUGCGCACCCUGGCUGACAAGAAGGAGGCUGCGGAGAAGGAGCUGCUGAGCAAGUAUGCUGCGCUUCAAACAAAGCACAACGAGACGCUGGACAUGGUGGAAGAACUCAAGACAGAGGUCUCCAAGGCCAGAGCCGUGGAGAGGGAGGCGAUGCCCUCGCGCCAGUCUACGCCCAUCAUCCGUCGCAAGUCGAGCCAAACCCUGAUGGUGAUUGACCGCGCGCACCGCUCGUUUGCGUCCCUGCGCAACAUUGCCAGCGAAAAUUUCGAGGGACAACCCGAGGUCAUGCAGAACUUUGAGCUCAACAUCAACGCGGCAAUGCAUGAGCUUCACUCUCGCAGCGAGCGCAUCCUGGAGCUCGAGGCGGACGUCGCGGCAGCCAAGAAGGAGAUGGAGACUAAGAUGACCAUCAUUUCGGGACUGACCCGCGAGCGAUCCAGCUUGAAGGCCGGCCCCAUGGACAUGUCCAUGGUCGCGACGCUCCGUGACCAGCUUGAGCAAAACGAGAAACAACUCCGAGAACUGCGCGAGGCCCACGCCACCAGGGAACAGGAGCUCACAUCGGAACUAGAAAGUCUCAGGAAAUCCGUGGAACAAACUGCGACCGCCAAGGAGUCAAGCGACGCCGUGCUUGCUCUAGACGAAGAGCUACAGCGGGAGGAGCAUGGCGAGAAGCUCGGUCAGUUGCAGACGGAACUUGCCGGAUUGGAGGACAAGCAUAAGUCUGUCCUCGACUCAAUGCGGGCGACAGAAGCUGAGCUCCGAGCGACGGUAGAGCAGCUUGAGGCGCAGGUGGUUGCAAUGAACCAGGAAAUGGCGACGCUGCAAAACAGGACGGGCACCGAGAACGACGAGGCGGCAAAGGAAGUCGAGCAGAAGCACCAGAACCUGGUCAAUUUCCUCCGCAGCGAGAUCGACGAGUACAAGGCCAUGAUCCACAGCAAUGCGGCCAAGGUGACCGAGCUCGAGAGCGCCCACGCCGCUUCCAAGUCUGAGCUAGAGGAAGUGACAAAGGCCCACGGCGAGGCCACCGAGGAGGUGACGCGCCACCAGACGCUUGUUACCAAAUUCGAGGAACAAAUUGCGGCCCAUGGCGAAGCAACCAAGGCGCACCAGGAGGCACUCGAGAAGCUCAAGGCGGAGCAUGCAAAGGAACUUGCGGAUCUGAAGACCCUGGAGCAGAAGAGCUACGAGGAACAAGUGGAGGUUCUGCUGUCGGAGCAUGCCGAGUCUGUGCAGAAGCUGGAGUCCGAGCUCGCCGAGGCCAGGAGCGAGCUGAUGAACGCCGCGUCUUUGGCCGCCGCCGCCCUCGGGGUGGACGUGAGCGUCGAAAAGCUCGCGAGCCAAAUUGAAACCUUGGCGGCUGCGCAAAAGGCGCUCCUCGAGGAGCAAUCCAAAGCCGGCGAGAUGAAGUCGCACGUUGCCGAGCUCACAAAGAUCAACGAGACGAUUAUGCGUGACCUCGAGACGGCCAAGACGGCAUUGGCGGACAUGUUGGCGGAGGAAAAGGACAAGGCGCCGACGACAGUGGUGGAGCAAAUCUCGUUUGUCAAGCACCGCAUGUCGGAUCUCGAGAUUAAGAACAAGAAGCACAGUCGCCUGGUGGAGGAGCUGGAGGAGCAGCUUCAGAACAACUUUGACGAGGCACAGCUGACCAAUAACCGCCUGAGCACGCUCCAGACGGAGCGCAACACUCAGCUCGAGGAGUUGAAGUCUGCCCGGGCUAAGCUGCAGGCGGAACUGGAGGCAAUCCGUGAGGAGCACAAUUCCCUGCAGGCCAAGUACCAGGAAGCCACCGUGACGGGCGACGUGAAGCGGUCCAACUCCAACUCUACGAUCCGGAAGAGCGCGUCGCACGCGUCGUUGCCUUCUCCGCCACCGGCCAUCCCCCUGCCGCCUCUCCCCAACGCGGCGGCGCGAAGCACGUCUCCGACCAACGGGGUGCCGACAUCGCCGACGUCUACCCGGCCAGCCAGCAAGGAGAACAUCAACAUCUCGCAGCUCACCGAGGACCACGAGGCUAGGAUCCGGACCAUCGAGAAGCACCUGUUCGCCGAGCGGCAGCUCACGCAGACGCUGGAGGAGGCGUUGACGGACCUCGAGAAGCAGUCUAAGAAGGUCAAGGCCGACUGCGACGCGUGGAAGAAGCGCGCCUCGGAGCUCGAGGGCGAGGUCAAGGAGCUGAGGGAGCGUCCGCCGCCCGAGUCGCAGCAGGACCACCGGUGGAGCAUGCACGCGGUCGAAGAGGAGCGAAAGAAGCGACAGGCGGCCGAAGCUGCUAGGAGACAGCUCGAGGAGAGGAUGAACGCCAUUAACAAGGGCAAGAAGAAGAAGGGCAGUCUCAACUGCUUCUAGGAGGGCUUGAGCGGCAUCUAGAAGACGUCGCGCAAGGACAACGUCGCGGAAUGAGGGUACACGGGCUGCGGGCAUUGUUUUCUUUCUCAGUUUCUCUGCCCCACUGUCGUCGACGCCGUGGGCGCGGCUCACAUCACGUCGCACACGUUUACGUUUUCACGGCCAAUGCGGUCUCUGGUGUUUUUUUUUCUUCACCUUUCCGUUUCUCUUUUUUUGUUCGGUUCUGGGCGGCCGGUAGGCUCGCGCCGCCGCCGCCCGCCAUGUUUGACGAACGACUUUUUUGGCACGUGUCGGAUUUUCCCAAAGCACCGGCUAGGAGUUGGGGCGAGAAUGACUGCUUUGCCGUAUAUUUCUGUCGCGUGGACGGGCACAAAUACCACGUACAUACAAUCAUCAUACCCUGCCGGGGGCGCGAACAAAGGGAGUGAGAGGAGGGAGGAGACGGACGGGUGGCGGUUUAGCGGGCGUGCGUGUUAUUGAGAAGCGUGGGUGAGGAAAAGACGGAAGGAGAAGCUGCCGAGCUUUGAAUAUGCGUAGAGAGCAGUUGUAGUGUCCGUGUGUAUAGAUUGCCUAUGAGUGUGACGAACAUGGUCAAUUGUAC